AUGAAUGCCAGUACCCCGGGUGCAAAGGGCGCCAAGUCAAAGUUCGACACCUGCUGCUAUUUCCCGAGAUGCCCUGAAGGAAAGCUUUCUAAGCAUGAGUUUUACUGUGCAAAACAUGGGUCAUGUGGUAUUUCAGAUUGUAAUACCAAGGCGCCAACAGAUAUCAUCAUCUGCAAGUGGCACGACUGCUCGAAAGAAGCAGACCCGAGAAAUGAGUUUUGCGACGAUCACAGAGACGUGGUCGAGCGCGAGAAGCUCUACCCGGACCCGCCGGUUGUCCUCCCGGCAUACGUCCAGGAACGCAUCCCGGAGUGCGUCCAGGAGUACCCCCAGGACAUUGUGCAGGAGUGCGUGGUUGGCGGCUGCACCCGCGGCUGCGCCCCGGCGAAUCUCUACUGCGCCCGCCAUGUCUGCCAGGAGGAGGGAUGCCAGAGAGAGAAGGCGAGGCACCAGAGACGCUGUCUAGGCCAUUUAGAUCCUCGGCAUCUUUGCCGCCACUUUAAUUGCUGGGCAAGGCCUAAGGAGGGCUGUUCGUUUUGCGAUGCGCACGUCAAGGAGGAGCCUGAGGCUUGUGAGUCUUGGGACAUUGAGUUUGUUUAUGUCUUCGUUACUGCUGUUCUGCUGGCUGUUGCUGUAGCAUUCUUUUAUAUCGAAUGGUAG